AUGGGUUAUGAUAAUUCUUCCAGAAUAGAAUCAAAGCGUGGUAACCGGUGGUUUAUGGAUUCCAAUGGGAUGGAAUUCUUCAACAACAAGAAGCAAGCAAUGGAGGCUGUUAAUGGCAGGCCUGUUUCAGGAGUUCCACAUUUGGCUAUUUCCCCUUGGGAUAACACUUCAGGGUUUCAGUCAGUUCCAGGACAAUUCACUGAUCGCCUUUUCGGAUCUGAGCCAGUACGGACAGUAAACCUAGGUGACAGGAACAUUCAAUCUGUUGGAAGUGAAAAUAUGAAUUUGGGAAGAAAGGGUUUCGAGGAUCAAUAUGGAAAUGAUCGAUCAGUAGGUUUGUCAAUGUCUCACACCAUCGAAGAUCCCUCAUCAUGUCUCAAUUUUGGUGGAAUCAGAAAAGUUAAAGUCAAUGAAGUUAGGGACUCUGAUGAUGUUGUGUCUGCAUCUAUGGGGCACUCCUACUGUAAGGGAGACAGUAAUACAAUGUCAAUGGGUAACACCUAUAAUAAGAGUGAUGACAACACCAUAUCGUUGGGUUCAGCUUAUAAUACUGGCGAAGAGAGUGCAAUCUCAAUAGGACCUUCCUUUAACAAGGCAGAUGAUAAUUUCAUUUCAAUGGGUCAUACCUUCAGUAAAGCCAAUAGCAAUUUCAUAUCAAUGGCUCAUAAUUAUAACAAGGGAGAUAAUAGUAUCUUAUCAAUGGGUCAGCCUUUUGACAAGGAGGAUGGCAAUUUUAUAUCAAUGGGUCAAUCAUAUGAAAAGGGAGAUAGCAGUUUCAUAUCAUUAGGUAACUCGUACCACAAAGGACAUGAGAAUUUUAUUUCUAUGGGUGCAACAUAUGGUAAAGCAAAUGAGAAUUUCAUCUCAAUGGCUCCCACCUAUGAUAAGCAGACUGAUAAUAUGAUGUCAAUGGGCCCAAACUAUGACAAGGCUGAUUCGAAUGUUGUGCCAAUAGGUCCUCCCUAUCAUAAAGGAGAAAGCAAUGUAUCUAUGAGUCACAAUUACAAUAAGAAUGAGAGCACCACCAUAUCUUUUGGAAGUUUCCAUCAUGAAACUGACACAAAUCCUUCUGGCGGGAUCAUCAGCAGCUAUGAUUUGUUGAUGAACAAUCAAAACACAGCUGAGCAAUCAGAAGAAUCUGGUCUGAAGGACCCGGUUCAGUCAAACAUGGAUCCAAAUGUAGAUGACGUUCUCAAACUUGAUUCUAAAACUGAUACCGUUUCCAAAAUUAAGGAGCCAAAGACUGCUAGGAAAGCUCCUCCAAACAACUUCCCUUCAAAUGUCAAAAGUUUAUUGUCCACUGGUAUGUUUGAUGGGGUUCCGGUGAAGUAUGUUUCCUGGUCACGGGAGAAAAACCUCAAAGGUAUCAUAAAAGGGACCGGGUAUCUGUGUUCCUGUGAUGACUGCAAUCACUCAAAGUCUCUCAAUGCUUAUGAGUUUGAACGCCAUGCUGGUGCUAAGACCAAGCAUCCCAAUAAUCACAUCUACUUUGAGAAUGGAAAGACCAUCUAUGCAGUAGUUCAAGAGCUGAAGAACACUCCUCAGGAGAUGCUGUUUGAUGCCAUUCAAACUGUGACAGGGUCUCCUAUUAAUCAGAAGAAUUUCCGGAUCUGGAAAGCAUCAUAUCAAGCUGCCACCCGUGAACUUCAGCGUAUCUAUGGAAAAGACGAAGUUGCUAUACAAUCUUGA